AUGAACGACUGUGGUAAUAAGAGUAUGCCUAUGUCUACCAUGUCCGGGGCUAAGCCAACUGCUACCCCCUCCAUGAGUAUGAGUGGUUCUAAAACUAGCCCAACCAUGUCUGCUAGUGCUUCCCCUACCUACAACGCUGCCAGCGGAGCUGUCCGCGGUGGAAUCACUACCGUUCUUGGCACUGUGGUAGUUGCUGCUGGCCUUCUACUGUAA